AUGCCUACUGAUAGUCGCUCUCAGCACCCCUAUGUAUUAUCUGCUCCGCCCCGACUCAAUCGUCUUCGCUCUCCUGGCUCAAUCUCUCGCAUCAGAUCUGUAUCUGUUGACCCCCAUGCUGUGACAGCUACUUCGCCCUCUUCUUCUCACAAGAUUAACCCUACUGCAGAGGUCGUGCAACCACCUUCCUCCGCAAUCUACCCCUUAUCUCCGUCUCCCUUACCUUCUACAUCUCAGACAGCUCGUAGAUCAACACGCACACCGAAGCCGAAGGAUAUGGCACUAAGGAUGAAGUACUGGGAGCCCACGCCUACCCAGCCGCCUCCAUGGAAACGAUCCAGAAUAAAUGCGCAUCCCUCCGCCCUUCAACGCAGGCGAACGGCCCCAUUUCCCCGGUCGAGGGAGGGCAAUGACUUCACUCGCCCUCGCGCUCAGCAGAACCCCAAUGCACAAAUGAUUCGCACCGGAGCAUACGGCAGGGCCGGUGCUGUACGAGUGGGCGAAAUAAUAUAUAUCGGGGAAACUGCUCUUAUCAUGCAUGACCCCUGUGGACGCUGUGCUGCAGCUCCUGGCGCCCAUUGUUCUGGACUCGUGGGAGAGCGAUGUGGCCGGUGUCGCAAUAUGAAGCAGAGAUGUUCAAAUCUAGACAUAAAGGGAGCUGGUAAACCUGGCACGUUGCGAGUAGUUAAUCGGGAGAGAGUAGAAAAAGUCGAGCGCUUUUCGAGAGAAGACGAGAAAGUGUUGAUCGACGGGGACGACGACGAAGGACUAAGUUCUGAUCAAGGCGAGGGCAUCUAUACAGAAGAUCAUGUGCAACAGCGCAUCGUGCUUCGGAUGUCUAAACGAAACCGUGGCGAAGUGUUCAUAUCCGCAUCCAAUGCCAAAAUUGGCAAUGCUGGAAGCAGCAAGAGGAAGCGUCAAACUACUAGAGAGAGGAGCAGGAAGCGGAAAAAGAAGAGUCCUGAGGAUGGCUCUUCCAAUAUUUCCGACAACUCACAUGUCGAGCCGAUCCGACCCCUGCACAAAGACACCAAUCCAGUUCCUAUCUCUGCUGCGAGCACAAAAGGCACGUCUGCUCAGCUUCCUAGUACAGAUCCGCAGAAUCCGGAAAGCGAAGAGCCUGCGCCUGGUGACCGUACGAAAGAAGCAACCGCUGCAAAAGCGUCAACACUGGUAAAAGGAAAGUCAAAGCCAGCGGAGAAAGACCUGGCGCGUGGGUCUGAGAAAAUUGUUCAGAACGCCGAACAGCGACUUCCGUCACAAAGUGAAACAAUGCCUGAGGCAGAAUUGCUAGACAGUGACCCAUCGAUGGCCGGUCAGGAUGUAGAUUCACAAAUUGUUGGUGAACAAGGUGGGACGAGGAAGGAAGAUGGCCAAGAUCAGGAAGCGACGAGAGAUGGUCAAAGGCGGAAGAAGAGAAAAGCUCGAGCAACUCGGCGCUCAACUUGGAUUGAUGGAGCAGGAUCGGUGCAGACCUCUGAUUCUCAGGUGUCAAAUUUGGAGGGCGACCGUGAUGAACAAAUUGCACGACUGCGCGACUCAGUGACUGAGAUGCAGGCUGAAUUGGGGAAGCUCCGGAAUAUGCGAGAGACGAUCGAUAGAUUGUAUUCGAUUGCAGAGAACGUGAGUAGAGGGCUGGAGCUCUUAGAAUCUCAGCCUCAAGCUUCCAGAUCAUGGACAGUGGCCUGA